UGGAGUCUGGACCAUUUGCGAGGGCUUCUGUGUCUCCAAAUUUCAGCGUCAGACGCAUUUUUUUUUUUUUCAGUUUUCCUCACCAGGAAGUAGGGCACACGCCAGAUCUCUAUGUGCCUUGUAUCUUUCCAUGGAAGCGCAUUGCGUGUUUUGUAUUUCGGUUUAUCAUGGUUGACAUCGAUUCCGAGAAUUCGAAUGCUGAAUACUCGACGAUCUUUUGUUGAUUGAUGCUGCUUUGUGGAAUCGAGGUCCGAAAUCUCAUUUAUGGACUCUGUCUGGAGUAGCAAUGGCGAACCAGACGCCUGGCAUUUUGUCCUUGCGUUGUUUUUCGCAGUUGGCUUCGUGGUUGUCAGGUUCUUCCUCGACAGAUUCGUCUUUCGCAGGCUGGCCUUGCGGCUGACUAAUGGAGCUGCUCUGAUGAAGAUUAACGAGAGUAUGUAUGCAAAAAUUGCAAAACGCUCUGAGUCGAUGUGGAAGCUCACUUAUUAUGCCAGUGUUGAAGCAUGCAUUCUCAAAAUUGCCUACCAUGAACCAUGGUUUAGAGACACAAAGGAGUACUUCAAGGGCUGGCCAAAUCAAGAGUUGAAGCUACCCCUCAAGCUUUUCUACAUGUGUCAAUGUGGAUUUUAUACCUACAGCAUUGCUGCCCUCCUUUUAUGGGAGACUAGAAGAAAAGACUUUGCUGUGAUGAUGUCUCAUCAUAUAAUUACCGUUAUCCUAAUUGGAUACUCAUAUAUAUCAAGGUUCUUUUGCGUUGGCUCAAUUAUCCUUGCUUUGCAUGAUUCAAGUGAUGUCUUUCUUGAAGCUGCUAAAGUUUUUAAAUACUCGGAGAAGGAGCUCGGAGCAAGCUUGUGCUUUGGGUUCUUUGCUCUUUCAUGGCUCAUACUAAGGCUUAUAUGCUUCCCCCUCUGGGUCAUCAAAACUACGAGUUGCAAUCUUCAUGAGUAUGUGGAUAUAUCACAAGUGUAUGGCAUGUCAUUGUAUUAUGUCUUUAAUACAAUGCUGCUGAUGUUGCUUGUGUUCCACAUGUAUUGGUGGGUUCUUAUAUGUUCAAUGAUAAUGAGGCAGCUAAAGAAUAGAGGAAAAGUGGGUGAAGACAUAAGAUCUGAUUCAGAGGAUGAUGACUAGGCAGAUAAUUUUGUUCGACUUGUUUGUUCUCCCACAGGCAUUUUAGCCCUGGAUGGCCAGCUUGGCUUUCUUUGAAGAUUUGUUGCUGCAGUUAAUUUGGUUACUGCCUGUGCUGCUAAUUUAUUCUUCCAAUUCAAUUUUGAUCAGUAUUUCAUGGGAGCAGAGAGCCAGAUAUGCAGAGGUACAACCUCUAAGCAUAAUUUUUUUUUGCUGUUGACAAAACGAAUCAUGUAUAAAUAGUACACAAUUCCUGUAUAUAUUUUCCCAUUGGGUGUACCCUCAAUUGGAUAAUAAUUUUUAUGUGAGGAAACCAAGAAGGGAAAGUAUAGCUUCACUUAUGUGGUGGCGCUAGGUAUAUUCUUUCCUACUUUGAGAGGAAGGGGGCUUGAUUUCAUUGUUUAAGAGCAAAUGUUUUGAGAAAAGAUGGAGAGAGGGGAAGCAAUCACGUCUCAAUUCGGUCACCUCUGUUGUUUUAUUGGUCGAAAAGCACUAGAAAACCCCACUUUAGUUUUAUGUUUUAUUUGUAAUAUUUUUACAUCCAUCUUCCUGUCAUUUCAUUGAUUUGUCACAAAAUGACUUGAAAAUAUUUUGAA